CGCCGGAGCCGCACGUCGGGCCGCCCUCCUCUUCCUCCCCACCGCCGCCGCCUCUCGCUAUGAAUGCACGCCGGGCGCUGCUCUCCGCCGCCUUGCUCGCCAGCCUCCUCUGGGAUUUACCUUGCUGCCUCCCGGCUUCCCUCCCCGCCGCCUCGGAGCUCGCCGCCUCCUCCAAGGGCGGACGGGGCCGCAGGGUGCCGCGGUCCCCACGGGAGAACCGCCCGCGGCAAGGGGGACACGCCGUGGGCCGGGCGCUCCCACGGGUGGAACCCCACGAGUACAUGCUGUCUCUGUUCAGGACUUACUCCAUCGCGGAGAAACUGGGCAUCAACGCCAGCUUUUUUCAGUCGUCCAAGUCCGCCAACACCAUCACUAGUUUUGUAGACAGGGGACGAGACGAUCUCUCGCCCGCUCCCUUGAGGCGGCAGCAGUAUGUGUUUGAUGUAUCGACCCUCUCCGAGACGGAGGAGCUGGUGGGGGCCGAGCUGCGGCUCUUCCGCCGGGCCCCCCGCGGCCGCCCGCCGCCCGCCGCCCCGCUGCACAUGCAGCUCUUCCCCUGCCUCUCGCCGCGGCCGCUGGACUCCCGCGCCCUGGACCUGCGGGCCGCCCCGGCCGCCGGCUGGGAGGUCUUCGACGUGCGGCAGGGCCUGCGGGAGCAGCGGCCCUGGAAGCGGCUGUGCCUGGAGCUGCGGGCCUCGGCGGGCCGCGGGCCGCCGCGCUGGUUGGACCUGCGGGGCCUGGGCUUCGGGCGCCGGACGCGGCCGCCGCAGGAGCGGGCGCUGCUGGUGGUCUUCACCCGCGCCCGGCGGCGGAGCCUCCUCGGGGAGCUGCGCGCCGAGAUGGGCGCGCCGCCGCCGCCCGCUGCCCGCCGCCCGCCGCCCCGGCGCCAGCGGCGCACCGCCUUCGCCAGCCGGCACGGCAAGCGGCACGGCAAGAAGUCCCGCCUGCGCUGCAGCAAGAAGCCGCUGCACGUCAACUUCAAGGAACUGGGCUGGGACGACUGGAUUAUCGCCCCGCUGGAGUACGAGGCCCACCACUGCGAGGGGGUCUGCGACUUCCCGCUGCGCUCCCACCUGGAGCCCACGAACCACGCCAUCAUCCAGACCCUCAUGAACUCUAUGGACCCCGGCUCCACGCCGCCCAGCUGCUGCGUCCCCACCAAAUUGACUCCCAUCAGCAUCCUCUACAUCGACGCGGGCAACAACGUGGUGUACAAGCAGUACGAGGACAUGGUGGUGGAGUCCUGCGGCUGCAGGUAGCGGGCGGGACGCCCCUCGGCGGCAGCCGGGGCUGCGUCUUGGCGGAGAUGCGCCGGCAGCGGCGAGCGGGGACGGCCCCCGCCCGCCCGGAGCGUGGCCGGGGCGAAGGGGACCGGCGGGCGGCGCGGAGGGGCGUGUGCCGGCGGCCCCGGCGCCUGUUUUCCGCGGCAGCUGCCCGCGGCGGCAGCGGGGGCUCGGGCAGCGCCUGCCCGCGGCUGCCGUGAGGGGAAGGGCGAGCGGGCAGGGCAGGCGGCGAGGCCCCCGCCGGGUCCCUUCCCUGCUUUCCUUCCCUCCCCUGGGGUUUAUCUGGCGAUCUGUCCUCCUCCCUCCGAAGGUGACGGCAAUUUACCAAGUACAAAAAGAGUCGGGGGAGGGAGAGGGAGCAGACUGAUCCCUCUCUCUGAAGUUGCUCUGAAGAGGGCUGUUUCAUUUCUGC